AUGGCAUCACAAAGAUACGAAGCAGAGUCCAGGGACCCAGCCCCAUUGGGCAAGCCCCUCGACUUUGUCUUCUCCAAACGCACUGCCCAGAACCGGUUCCUCAAGGGCGCCAUGACUGAACGUCUAUCCUCUUUCGACCCCGAUGUCCUCGAGACCCGCGGUGUCCCAUCCAAGGAACUGGCCAACGUCUACCGGCGAUGGGGCGAAGGCCAAUUUGGCGUUAUCCUAACUGGAAACAUCAUGAUCGAGUACGACCACCUCGAGGCCGCCGGCAACCCCAUUAUCCCCCGCGACGCAAAGUUCGAAGGCGAACGUUUCGAAAUGUUCAAGGAAAUUGCAACCCAAGGCAAGAAACAUGGGUCGUUAAUGGUGGGACAAGUAUCCCACCCCGGACGACAAGUAUCAGACGACAUCCAAAAGAACCCCAUCUCCGCCUCCGACGUGCAGCUCACUGGCAACCCCAUGGGCUUGAGCUUCGCAAAGCCCCGCGCCGCCACCGAGGAAGACAUUAAGAAUAUCAUCAACGGCUUCGCCCACGCCGCAGAGUAUCUCGAGAAGGCUGGCUACGACGGCAUCCAACUCCACGGCGCCCACGGCUACCUCCUCGCGCAAUUCCUGUCCCCAACCACCAACCUCCGCACCGACGCAUACGGCGGCUCCCUCGAAAACCGCGCCCGCAUCAUCACGGAAAUCGGGCAAGAAAUCCGCAAACGCACCACCCCCAGCUUCAUCCUCGGCAUCAAGCUCAACUCUGUCGAAUUCCAAGACAAAGGCUUCAACACCGAGGAUGCAGCGACGCUGUGCCAAAUCCUCGAGUCCAACACGUUUGACUUUGUAGAGCUGUCUGGUGGAAACUACGAGCACAUGGCAUUCAAGCACCAGCGCGAGUCGACCAAGAAGCGCGAGGCUUUCUUCCUUGAGUUCGCCGAGAAAAUCACGCCGUCGCUGUCCAAAACCCGGACUUACAUCACCGGCGGUUUUAAAACCGUGCCUGCGAUGCUUGACGCGCUAUCGACUGUCGACGGCAUCGGGCUCGCGCGCCCCGUAUGUCUCGAACCCGAACUCCCACGGCAGAUCAUUGCCGGCGAGGUCAACGCUACGAUCAAGCAGCGCAUGGAAGAAGGCGACUUCGGCACUACGCUUGUGGCUGCGGGCGCGCAGAUUAAGCAGUUGGGUAAAGAUGAGCAGCCGAUUGAUCUUAGCGAUGAGGACAACUACGCAGCGUUUAUGAAGGAUCUGGGUGUGUGGGCGGAAAGCAAGAAGGAUAGGAAGAGCUAUGGCCAUAUGGAUGUCAAGAGUGUGAAGGCUGUGCCGUAUGGUGCUCCUGUGACGACUCCUUAG